ACAUCGCAUCGGACCACCGCAGGAAAAAGGUCCUCGAUAUCAUCAUCUGUUAAAGCUGAAACAUUUACAGAUAAUAUCCGAUCCCAAUCGGAGUCGCAACAAGCGAUCAUCUGUGCAUAGCACAUGGCGGUACAGAAGUAUUGACUGUUUCUGUGAAAAAGUUGAUUGUUUUUGUAAAUGUAAGAAAAACAUGGCUAACUUCGAUAUUAUAGACAGUAUCAUAUCUUCUCUUGACAAAAUUCAAUCACUAGAAAGAAUAAAAAGUGGAAAGACUGAAAUUGAUAUAAAAGCUCUUACAAAACACAUAUACGAUUUCACCAAGGAACAUUCUUGCUGCAACACUGAUGCAUUGCCAGAAUUAGUUAUAGAAGGAUUUGAUGAAGAACAGAUCUGGCAACAAUUAGAAUUACAGAAUGAAAGCGAAACAUUGGAUUUAAAAUUUAAAACGUCAAACAAGACUUCAAGAAUUUUGAGUAGUAAAAAGAAGUUGACUGUUCCAUUAAGCUCCAUAAAACCUGAAAAUGAACCUGUGCAGAUUGAAAAUGAUGAUUUUCAUGAAGAAAACGAAAGUAUGUGCGAUGAUAAAGAAUCAGACAAUGAAAAUGAAGAGACUAAAACCAUUUUGAAAAGAAAACAUGAAAAAAAACAAAAAUCUGUUGUGGAUGACAAAUUUUUCAAAUUAGAAGAAUUGACUGAAUAUUUGACUAAAGAAGAAAAAAAAGAAAAGCAGGAAGAGGAAGAUGAUGAAUCUGAUGAAUCUGUGGAUUUGUUUAAUGAUCUUUCUGAGGAAGAAGAAGAUAAUGUCGAAGGAAAAUAUAUGAAAUAUGCAGACUUUUUUGAUAGUCCUGAAAGUGAAAAUGAGCACCUCAAUGAAAGUAAAAUUUCAAAUAAAGACUCAGAAGAAGAAAGAUCAGAUGAUAAAGAAGAUAUGAGCAAUGAGGAAGAGGAAGAAGAGGAGCCACUGAGUAAGAGAGUAAGAUUUAAUCUUACCAAUGAUUCAGAUGAGACUGACAGUUUGGAGAACAAAGCAAAUAAGGAGGAACAGAAUGACGAUGAAGAAUACAUGGAAGAAGACGCAGAACCAAAAUCUACCUUAGAAGCUCGCCAAGAAAGGCUGAAGAUGAAAAUCCAAGAGCUGGAACAGGAAAUAAUGAGUGAAAAGCCAUGGCAAUUAAAAGGUGAAGUAAGCGGUCUACAUAGACCGCAAAAUUCUUUGCUAGAAGAGUUUGUGGAGUUUGAUAUAACCAAACGACCAGCUCCUGUUAUAACCGAGGAGACUACAAUAAAAUUGGAAGACAUAAUCAUGCGACGAAUUAAAGAUAAGGCCUGGGAUGACGUUGAAAAGAAGUUCAAGCCUGUUGAAACUCCAUUAGAAUACAAGAAAAAACUGAUACUUGAUCAGGAGAAAAGCAAAGAGAGUUUAUCGCAAAUUUAUGAAAAAGAAUAUCUGAGACAGAAGAAAGCAUCGAAUCCGGACAAUGAGGACGAUGAGAAGAAAGAGGAAUCAUCACAAUUACAUAAUGAAAUUCGACAUAUGAUGCGAUCUCUGAUAUCCAAGCUGGAUGCGUUGUCUCAUUAUCAUUAUACUCCCAAACUCGCUAAACCUGAAAUUAAAAUUAUUAGCAACGUGCCUGCGAUUAAUAUGGAAGAAGUUGCGCCGGUCGCAACCAGUGAUGCCACUUUGUUAGCACCUGAGGAAGUUAAAGCCAAACCGCAUGGUGAUCUUAUCGGUAAGUCCGAGAGAACGAAAACCGAUAUGAAACGUGAAAGAAGAAAGAAAAAAUUAAGACAACGAGCAAAACAACAGGCGAUAGAAAAGAAAGAAAAAUUGAAAACAUUGAAGCCAGGAAUUUCUAAGAAACUUAAAGAUAAGAAAGAGAAGGAAAUGUUGCUGAAGAAAGUAACUAAAGACAGAAACGUCACAAAGUUAAACGAGACAACGCAUAAAGUCGCAAAAUCUUCGACUACGUUCUUUACGCAGCUUCAGGACCAAAUAAAGAGUAAAAAAAAUACGAAAACUUCUAAAAAUAAGGAUAAAAAGACAGUUUCGGCUGUAAAACUAAAGUUGUAAAUGUUUUUUUAUCCGCGUAGAUAGUACAUAUAUUUUAUACAUACUGACUAUAUAUAUAAAUAAGGUUUAAA